AACAAGAGAGCAGCAAGGUUUUUCGUCCCGUAAUCAUUGUCAAACGCUGAAGGGGACCUAAGAGACACGAAUCUAGCACGAAAGAAGUAUCUGGCAAGCUGUUCUGACUGAUACCAUGAACUGGAGAGGAAGAGCAAGCUCUGCUUUGGGGAGGCUAGAAACUUCUAAUGAACCCAGCAUCCUGAAUGCAGCUGCAAUUCUGGGAGAACCCCUAGCACUGCGGGUACAGACUUGCCCGGCUGGACGUCCUCCUUCAAGAGAAUCAGAACUGCCAAGAGCCGACCCCCCAGCCUGGCUGCUCAGGGCCUGCCUCACACGACAGAGGAUGCGCAGUCACUCCAUUGGAAUGGAGGACCUUGUCCAGGGGAAGACGCCACCCCACCACACAGACUUGGCUCGGAGCCUGAGGGUGGAAAAGAUUGAGCAUGAAAUGACCCUUGAAGAGCUCCAAGAUUUACAUGCCCUUUUUCAGGAUUAUGAAAAGAAAGGAAGACAGCUGCUGGAUAUGGAAACUUUCAAGUGCAUAAUGAAGCAGAGUAUGAGGUCACAGAACAAAAGUCUUGAACAAAUAGAACAACUUUUUAUGAAAAUCGACUAUAAUGCAGUGGGCAGAAUCCAGUGGGAUGGCUUCUGCACAUAUCUGCAGCUCGAGUAUUCAGAGCAAGCUGACGCUCUGGCCCGGCAGAAAGAGGUUUCCUUCCAGCUGCCUGCCGUGCUAGGGAGACUGUCCUAUGGGGGUCCCGUGCUGCGCGUCCUCCCCAUGCCUGACGACACCUUCAUCAUGAUCAGAGAAGAUGGUGCCAUUUAUUUCUGGUCCCCACAGCUGAAUCUGAAAAGAAGAAAGCAGCUUUUUGUAUGUGGUGUUCAUCUGAUAAGGAAGCUGAGUGCUCUGGGUUGAUUUUAUUUGCUAUUUUAAACAGCUCUUCAAGGGGCAUGAUUACAGAAAUUGUGUCCUUGAAGAUAAUGUAUUCAUGUUGGAUUUUGCUAGUUUAGGGGAUGCAAAGAAAAUAUGAUCUCUAUAUGCAGGACAAGAUAAUGCUUCGUUUUGCUUCUAAAAUCAGGAUGCAGUGAUGAAUUGCACAUGAUUCCAUCAUAUAAUUUAUCACAUGUCUUAAUGAGUAACAAAUGGAAAAAGGACUGUUCCUUCUUUUUUUUUUUUUUUUUUCUCCUGGUUAAUGGUUGUUUCCA